UGAUGCACUUAAAUAAGCGAAAAAACGAAGGGUGCUUCUCAAUAUCCCUCAUCGUUUCCUCGCUCCUCCGUCCUCCAUCCUAUGACCCGGAAACCGAUCGAGCUCAGCCAUCUUGUAGGGCAUCUGGGACGCUUCCUGAGGAGCUAUGAGCAAGGAUACACCCAGACAGACCCUUCUCGGAUACACAGGUGUAUCCUUCGCGGAAGUGUUUUUCAUCGAAAAACCUGACGCAUACACUCCUCUACCUCUGUCAGCACUGCGGCUCAUAGCUCCACCUUUACGCCUGAUGUCCGCAGCCAUGUGGAAGGUGAUGCUGCAGAGAGACGCAGUGCAUUAUGGGAAACUGGAGGAGACCAUAACAUCACUCUGUGAGACUGUACCGGGGCUGCUCCAUUACAGACAUCAGGCCAGGCUGACAAUUGGUUUGCAGGCACUGAUGAUCUUGGAAGUGCUUCGUCAGUCAGAUCCUCCUGAUGCUCAGCAUGUCCUCCAGGAGCUGCACAAGCUGCAAGAAUCCUCCAUUCCCAUCGGAAAGAGGAACGAUCAAAAGGUGGAAGAAGCUAAACGCAACUUCCAGACCCUGGUGCACUCUCUCUUGAAGAAUGCAGCAUCCAGAAAACAGUUUUUCAAGGAGGAAUUCCAUCUUCACUAUGGAGAAAACUAUGUGGCCAAUCUAGAGAAGUUAUUGUGGGAGUUUCUAAUUCGACUGGAUAAACUCUUACCAAUUCCAGAUCUUUCCCAGACAGUCUCAUGGCUCAGCGGUGCCCCUGCUGUUCUGGAGGAGUGUGCGCGCUCUGCAUCGCAGCCCCAGCUUCUCAGGACUCUGCUGCAGCAUGAAAGAUGCCUCGGACACCUCUGCUCAGCAUCUCUUCUGUCAUCUACUGGUGACGUGAUCCUGUCUUCUCUUUCCCUCCCUCUUUCGGGUAGAGUGUUGCAGACCAUCCAAUCAGAAUCCACUUCCUUAUCCAACAGGGUCACAAAUCCUGCCCCGUCAACACCCAGGACCACUCGCAGAGCAGUGAAGGAAGCCCAGUCACAGCUUGCACCAGUGAUUGGGUCCACUUCCAAUGACAUUCUCCAAAAAAACAAUGAGAAGGUAGCAAGUUUAGGACAAGAAGUUGAAACGGCUUCUGAAAUGUCCAGAAAUACCAGAAGCAAACAAAGAUCAUGUUCUAAAAAACACAUUUUGGAGAAGGAUCCAGAAGAGUAUUUUGUCGGGAAUAUGUUGGUCACAGUGAUCAGUCAGUCAUCUGGCAGUGAAGUAGAAGAGGAGGAGGAGGGCAGCAAAGAAGAAAUAAACGGUAGGAAGGGGAGUAGUGAGAGAGCAAACAAACUACCCAAAAAGACUGAAGUUAGAAAUGGAAAAAGAGGGGAAGAUGUUACAAGGAAAUAUUCCACUAGGAGAAACUCUGAGGCCAUCGAGUCACAUCAAGAAGCAGAAAUGAGUGCUCUCCUCAUUUCCUGCAUGAAGCGCCAACUGAGAGUAGUUAUUCACAGAUUAAACGACAACGAUCUUCCUGUCUGUCCAAUUCAUCUGUCUGAUGAAAAGAAAAAUACAAAGUCUCCAUGCCAGCCUCCUUCAAAAGACAGUAUGGGAAACAGUGACUCUGUGAUGCGCAAGAGGAAAUGUAUUGAUUUGAGUUCAACGCCAGAGAAACACCUGACUUUAUCAGUCAAUAAACCAACUUCUACUUGCUCUCCGUGUAUUCCCCUAGUUCUGCAUCUUCCAGUCGGUAGUCCAGAAACACCAUCUCCCUCAGUUAAGUCAUCAGAUGACAUUGUUGGCGAUUCUGAUGAUGAGAGAACAGACGAUGUCAAGAGAAAGGUAUUCAGUCAGCAGUAUUGCAAAACAAAGAAUGGUACAUAUGUGCCCACACUGCGGGAGUUCUGGAAUCCUGUGUUUUGUUCCACAUUAUCUCCUGGAAGCAGACAUUGAUGCAGUUGUAUUGGAACAUCAUUCUUGCUUAAUGACUUUGAUGCUGCAGUGUUUUCUGUUAUAGAUAAUUCUUGUAUUAAUCAUAAGUCUUAGAUUUUAUUAAAAAAUCAGAAGCUUCUUACCAUGUAGUACAACUGUAACCAAGGAAACCUACCUGCUUUUAGGAAGUGUGCAUUAAUAAUAAUCAUUUAUUUUAUUCUCUAUCUGUAUCAUGUAGAAUGGUGUUGUUGUUAUAUAUAAUAUAUAUAUUUAAAUAAAGAAUUGUG